AUGUGCUGCGUAGAGCAUCAAGAGACAGAAGAGGCAAAGAAGCACCGCAAAAUGGCCCUCUGGUUUCCAAGUUCCCUCCCUCUAAGGCCUUACUUCUUCGUGCAGGUGAAGAAGGGAGGCAUUGACACCAUGCGCGACAUCCUGGCGCAGCGGUUUGAGCAAGAGGGAGUGGUGGCCACCAUCGUCGACAAGGAAGACUUGGCCUUAGAGGACCACAUCGUCGGCCGGAAGCGCCCUCUCAUCAAACUCUCCUUCCAGAGCACCGAGGGCGCAAGCAAGGUUUCAGGGCUCCGCAUUGCCCACACGCAUGGCCAGUUCUUUGCAUUCCUGCUCACAAUGCCGGGCACAAACUGCCAGAAAGCAAUUGUGCUAUGGUCUGAGAAGAAUGGUGGCGCCAAUCCAGAGGAAGCAGAAACGGUGAAGCUUCUGUGCAUGAGCCCGCCGAUCGAAAAGAUGGACUCAUCGCUCAACCAGCUGGUGAACGUCAAGCAUCUAGCGCUGUCCACCAACUGCAUUGACAAGAUGAUCUCACUGCCAGCCUUGAAGAACAUCGAGGUGCUUUCUUUGGGCCGGAACUUGAUCAAGAAGAUCUCAGGACUGGAGGAGAUCGGCUCCACACUAAGGGAGCUUUGGAUCUCCUACAACCAGAUCACCACUUUGGAUGGCCUUGCGCCAUGUGUAAAGCUAACGACCCUGUUCAUCUCGAACAACAAGAUCAAGGAUUGGCCAGAGCUAGACAAGCUCCAGGCGAACCAGGACCUGACAAACGUCCUCUUCUACGGAAACCCCAUCUACGAAGGUCUCACCAAGAAGCAGGCGCGACCAAAGGUUCUGGAGCACCUCCCCAAGAUCGCCACCCUGGAUGGUGAGCUGCUCACGGGCGACGACGACGAGGGUGAGGAAGCGGCGGCGGAGUGA